AUGGUUGGGACAAGUUGUGGCAUUCCAUGUAGCAAAUUGCAAGCUGAUCCUCUAACAAGUGCAAUUCCUUCCAACUUUCACAAUAUUCCCCAGUCAUUAACAUGUAUACAGUUGGCAAAAAAAUUCCAAAUGGCUUGUACAGAGGAAUGGGGAAGAAGCCAAAUGCUCCAAAGGCUUGCCAAGCAGCUUCAGUUUUACAAACCACCCUCAGUGCUGGACGAAUUGGAGGACAAUAACGACGACGGCAUAGGCUGCAACUCUUUAGCAGUCAGAAAUGUUGAGUGUUCUUGUGCCAACAAUUUGAGGGAGAGAAGAGCAGCUGUCCUGAUAUGCCUCUUUGAGGGUCCUGAGGGUGAGCUGAGAGUUAUUCUUACUAGGAGAUCAAUGAAGUUGGCAUCACACCCAGGAGAUGUGGCGUUGCCGGGUGGCAAAAUGGAGGAGGAAGAUGCAGAUGAAUCUGCAACAGCACUAAGGGAAGCCAUGGAAGAGAUUGGCCUAAAUUCAGGCCUAGUUCAAGUUGUUGCAAAACUGGAGUGCUUUAUGUCCCAGCAUUUAGUCACGGUUGUCCCGGUGAUAGGACUUGUAGCUGAAAUAGAAGAUUUCAAGCCUGUACUUAAUCCCGACGAAGUUGAUGCUAUUUUUGAUGUUCCAUUGGAGAUGUUUCUUAAGGAACACAAUCACAGAUUUGAGGAGAGGGAAUGGAUGGGUUGGAAGUACGUUCUCCAUCUUUUCGAUUUCGAAUCAGAGCAAGGAAAGUUUCUAAUUUGGGGACUAACUGCAAGCAUUUUAAUUCGAGCAGCCUCUGUUAUCUACCAGCAACCUCCAUUCUUCCAAGGACAUCUCCCUGACUUCCAAAAACUACAAAAAGCCUUGCACAAUGUGCAUAAUGUUAAUUCAAAUGUUCCAUGAGAAUGCUACUAAUUUGAAGAAAUAAAAAAACAAUAUAGAUUCAACUUCCAUCCUUCUCAUGAUUUGAUUAUUCAUGGAGCUACAAUUUCUUGGAAAAUCCGAUAUCAAUUAAUGUCAUAUGAGCAGACUUAAAUUGGUUGGUCCCCUUGUACAUGCUCCGUACGCAUCUUGACCCGUCAACUUUGUUGAAACUUCAGCACACUUUCAUGGCGGUGGUGGAAAACCAGCUGCUCAAGCAACCAACCCUUCGUUUUUCCAAGUCUCGAGAGUAAUCAAAUAUUCCACCAGUCAAAGUCCAACGCCAUCCCCAUCUGAAGUCCAAUCAUCAAUUGUGUAGAAAAUUGG